AUAAUGUGUUAAUUAACAACCAUGAGUGGUUAGUAACAAUAGCCUAUCAAAGAUCAGCCUAUGCUCUGUAAGGUUUGUCGUCCAUCAUUCAGCUAAAUGUUCCUCCUAUCACAGCGCGCGCGCUAAACCCCACCCCUCUUUUGCAGCUACGAGCUCGUGCGAUGCAAUUUGAGCAACAUCUGCAGCACCCGAACGUGCGACACCCUUUUUUUUUUUGCUACGCUCCGGUCGAUACAUUAGCAUUUUAUGAAAAGGUAAUGUGAGCAGACUUAUUCAUUCUUUAACUGCGCUGUGUUUAAAACAGACUGAACUGGCUGAGAGUGAGGAGGAUGAGCAGGUGUGAGAAGAUGCUUUCCACGGUAAGGGCAGGAGGAAAAUGACUCUCAAGCCUGGUUUGCUCGCCUGUGUGUGUACACUCCUUGCACGCACAUCUGGCCAGAGGUGGAUAGGAUUUGGAUGAAAGUACAGCAAAUGGAGGGACGCACAGACUCGUUGGAUGCUGCUGUCUUCAUCGUUGAGAACGAAGCUGAAAGCAUGCCAGUGCAAGAGGAGAAGUCUGGAGCAACCGGACAAAAUUACCUGGACACUUGUCCCGUUUGUCACCUAAACUUUCACAGCCGAGAACCCAAACUUCUACCGUGUUUGCACUCUUUUUGCAAGAAAUGUUUGCCUUCACCCUCGAGGAAUUUGGCCAGUACAGAGCUGCCAAACUCCCAGGUUGACAGCGCCACCAAACCACGUGAGUCACUUUGUUUACAAACAAUGACCAUAGUUGGAUACAAGGUAUCACCUUCUUCUUUUUAUGCAACAGAGGGAAAAUUCCUUGUGGUUCUGCAAGACUGUUGUGUGUUGAGACAUAAAUGUUACACAAAUAUGUGGACUGCUUGCAAUGAAUUUGAUUUAGACCAAAUGUGUGUUCCAUCCUGUUGUAUUCCAGUCAACGUGAUCCGCUGUCCGGUAUGCAGGCAGGAGUGUAUGGAGGUAGAUGUGAUGGAAAACGUCUUUGUGAAGGACUCCGUUGAAGCUCCCAGCAGCACUGUGGAGAGGACAGUCCAGAUCUGCAUGACCUGUGAUGACAACACUGAAGCUACCGGGUUUUGUGUGGACUGUGUUGAAUACCUGUGUGCCACCUGUGUGGAGGCACACCAAAGAGUCAAAUUUACCAAAGACCACACCAUUAGACAGAAGACAGAAGUAUCACAAGAGGUGCAUGAUGUGCCGACUCAGAGGCCAGUUUUCUGUGACAUCCACAAACAAGAGCCAUUGAAGCUGUUCUGUGAGACCUGUGACCUGCUGACCUGUCGCGACUGCCAACUGGCCAAGCACAAGGAUCACAAUUACCAGUUCUUGGAAGAUGCUUAUAAAAACCACAAACAGCACAUGGAGAGCAUGACCCAACAGCUGCAGGAAAAAAAGAAAGUAAUUGAAGAAGUGUCCAAUUCCAUAAACAAUGGACUACUUCAAGUUGAUCAGAACCGUACAUCUAUUCACAAUGAAAUAAAGAAGUCCAUCUGCAGUUUAAUCCUUGAGAUUAACAAGAAGGGCAAGAUGCUUGUCAAUCAACUUGAGGCUGUAACAAAGGACCAUGAAAGUGUCUUGCAAAAACAACACGAGGACAUUGGCUAUCUAUCCAGACACCUGGAUCAUGUCAUCAGCUUCACCAAAUGGGCCACCGCCAGGAAUGGGGGAACAGCCCUCUUGUACUGUAAACGUUUGAUUCUGUUUCAGAUUGGAAACCUCCUGCGGGCAAAAUGCAGUACCUCGUUUAUACCACAGAGCACUGUACGGUUCCAGUGUCGAUCCUCUUAUUGGGCCUCAAAUGUUGAUCUGGGCUCUUUAGUAGUGGAGAGUAUACCAGGACACCAGCUGGGAGGUUUUCAGGGUAUCCCACACCAGCUCUCCCACCCUGGCCAGGGCCCCUCAGGCUCACCCCAUAGCUUUGCCUUAGGAGCCCCCCAUAAUACUCUGGCUCAACUCCAGAUGCAGGUGGACAAACUGAACCCUCAGACCCACUGGCAGCCCCAGCCACCUCCUCCACCCUGGACGUGGUACCAGAGUGUCCGACUCCAGCGAACCAUCCCAGCAACCCUACAAGGAAGUUCUCCCUCCCACUGUAUGCCUCCUCAACAAGGCCGCAGGUUUAUGGUGCCUCCCUCUAACCAUGUCAGUCCAACUAGCAGCCUACCAAGCCCUGGGUUUUCACCCCAGCCUCUGAGGGGUAUGGCAAGUAGCUCCAGCUACCAGCCCAAACCUAUGGAUGUAUUUUCCCCUUCACCUUUGUACACCUACAUAACACCGCUCCCCAUCAAUGGUGCCAGCGUCAGCUCAUCUCAACCACGACAGAUGAUGGAGACCACAUAUCUGAACAGAAGGAAUGAUUCAAGUGCUCCAAUAUAUGCGCUCAAACAAAACUAUGCUCAGAGCUUACAGCCUUUGUUACCACACAGAAAUGUACAAGGACAACAGUAUUCAUCAGGGUAUGCUGCUGUAUCCCAGGAGGAGAAACCAGGGACUGUUGCCUGGAAACCUCCAGAAACACAAACUAAUGGAGUCGUGGGCUCAGCUGUCAAGAAAAGACGAAGGUCAUCACCAGGGCCCAUCAUUGUCAUCAAAGAUGAGCCGGAUGAUGACAACAGCUAUGUACAAGCCAACCAAAAAGCCAGCCUUCCUGACAGCACAGGUGACCAACACCAAAUCGGUGUCCAAGUUGAGGGGUACAAAGUCCCAACUCCACCUCAAAGCAUAGAUAACAACCCCCAAAGCCCUUCACAGCCUCCCAGUAGCCCACAGGACCAACGUCAUACUAAUGUUCCAAAUCACAUCCGUUCAGUAGGAGGCGAACAGCAGGUAGACCAGCAUCAAGCUCGGCUGGAAGACCCUAAUGAAGUCUUGUGUGCUGUGUGUCACACUGGUGUAGAGCUGCUGUGCUGUAAUAAGUGUUCCAGAGUUUUUCACCUUACGUGCCACAUUCCAGCUCUCCUCAACUCUCCCAGCGGGGAAUGGCUUUGCUCUCUCUGCUGUGACCUGUUUGUGCCUGAGAUGGAGUCUGACUGUGAAAACAAACCUGGAGCCAAAACAGUGAAAAAGGAGCCAGAUUCUGAAGGAGGAUUCCCCCCUGUGGACAAACGAAAGUGUGAGAGGCUGUUGCUGCACUUGUUUUGCAGUGACCUGAGUUCAUACUUACGAGAGCCUGCAUCCCCCUCGGUAUGUGCUAGUAACAGCCUGAUUAUGAAGGGGCCAGCAAAUCUUUCCACUGUGAAAAAACGUUUGGAGGCUAAGCAGACCAUGUGCUACCAGAGCACUGCAGAGUUUGUAUCAGACAUCAGACUCAUCUUUGGGAACUCGGCAGUCUUCAGUGAGGCUGACACUAAUGUCACCAUGGCAGGCAAAAAGCUGAAGGAGCUGUUUGAAGAGCACCUGAAGAUUAUCUAUCCUGACCAGACAUUCCCAGAAAUCAAAAUGGAGAUGGUACCUACUGCUCCUCCUGACUCUCAGCUGUCAUGUCUUGAUAAUAUAUGCCAGCCUGUAAAACGCCAGUGCACAUGCUCAGACUCCCAAGAUACAACAAGCUUUUCCGAAGGAGAGGGGAGAGUAGUACAAAAGCACAACUUCCCUUAAUCAUUUUGGUAUUGGACAACACUGCCAGCUUUCAUUGCAAAGAUUUAUUAUACAAAUUCAGAUCAACAAAUGUUUUUUAGAUGCUUAUUAUUAGAUUAUUUUGCAAGCAUAAAAAAGCUAUGAUACAGGGCACCAAAUUAGAUUUGUGUUCAGUGGACUUAUCUGCACUGCAGCUGUUGGAUAUACUCUCAAUCUGAAGAAAGACCUUGUAUCUCCUGCUAAUCAGAUAGGGAUUUAUAGCAGGCAACUGGUUUUUGUCACUGUUCUCUUUUUCUUCCAGCCACAUUGCAAGUCAUAUUAGAGGAGAGAUGGACAUUAAUUAAUCAACAUUGAGCUAAUAGUUGUUGUAGCCAGGUCUGGUGUGUUCUCCCUGUUAAGCUCAUCAUCUUUGAUGGUUGUGGUCUAUCAUACAUAGAAUAAGAUGUGUUAGGGCCCCCCAGGUGCCAGUUAAAUGAGAACAUCAAAUUUAUCAAAGCAGUCUGAUAAGGGCACAGACUGUUUAAGAUAUUUCAUUGUCACACAUUAUUACACAUUUUUUCUUCUUGGUCUGAUUUGUCAGGAUCUUGAACCUUAAGAUACCACAAAAUAACAGAUUUAGUGUUGUAAAUGUAAAUGUUUUGUGAAAAAUGUCUUUCUUUCUUUUUUAAAUGUAUUUAUUUAUUUAUGUUUCAUAAAAAAUGAUGAUAAAUAACUAAGCACAGUGCAUAUGUUUUAAUAUG